CAUGCGCGGCUAUUUAAAGCCACAACAAUCGGGUCAGUCGUUGUUGACACGGAAGAACCGUGAUAGCAGUAACAAAACUGGGGCUGUCUUCUUCACAAAAACAUUGGGACACUUAACCUGCUGUUAUAUUCUGACCAGUUAGCGGGUUCUGCUGGGUGAGAGCCUCCAGUCCUUCAGGGUGGCUGGAAUGUGACUAUGUGACUUGGUACUGAGCAGACACAAAGGUCCUUCUAAGGCAGCAGGUGGCACAUACCUCUAUAAAUAUAAAACAGUGCACUUGCCACAGUCAGGACUGGGUGAUAGGCACCCCCAAGCUCUCUAAAGGGUAUGAGGUGAUGAGAGUGGUCCUCCUUUGACUCAUUCUGGUCCCAAAAUGUCUCACUGGCUCUUUCCAUGGUCAAGUUCCAUCAAGAAGAGGGCAUGCAGGUAUCUUCUCCAGCGAUACCUUGGGCACUACUUGGAGGAAAGGCUGAGCCUUGACCAGUUGAGCUUGGACCUCUAUAAUGGAAGUGGCCGGCUAACCGAUAUACACCUGGAUAUUUGGUCAGUGAAUGAACUUCUGGACACAGCGGGAGCUCCACUAGAGAUUGUCGAUGGAUUUAUCGGGAGCAUUUCUGUCACCAUCCCAUGGUCUGCCCUUGUCACUGAAAACUGUACUGUGGAGGUGUCUCAAUUGCAGGUUACUCUGCGUCCUAAAUACAGAAAUGCUUCAGCUGAAACAGACAGCCAUAGUUGGUCCUCUUGUAUGACAACCAGUAUGCAGCUCGCCCAGGAGUGCUUGAAGGACCAAUCAGAGGAACCGUUAGAGCCAUCACAGCCCAUUGAAGGGUUGGAAAUGUUUGCACAAACUUUAGAAACAGUGUUACGGAGGAUUAAAGUAACCUUUCUGGAUACGAUUAUCCGGAUUGAGAACAAACCACUUGAUUCCUCAAUUGCGACUGCCCUUGAAUUCCGCAUAAAAAGACUAGAUUAUUGCGAUGAAGCUGUAAGGGACUCUUCUCACGCUAUCCCCACGGACGUCCACCAACCUCCAGCAUUCAUCCAAAAGAUCUUGCAGCUCAAUGGGGUCUCGCUUCAUUGUGAGGAGUUCAAGGCUAGAGAUCAAACUCCUUCUCCAGUGCCUGAGGAUGAUAACCAAUCUUCCAGAAACCGAGACAAAGAUCCAGUACACCACUCAGAGCCUCGCAGCCGGCCUGCGGAGCCAAUAUCACCUUCCUCACCUACCCUACAGAUUGGCAGCUUCUCUGGAUGUACAGAGCUUACUAUCAAACUAAAGCAGACUGAUGUGUUCCCAGGACCAAAGUUUGAGAUCGAUGGAAAGAUUGGGUCCCUACACUUGUUUCUGAAUCCACGUCAGUUUUAUAACCUACAGCAACUGCUAGAUGCUUUGAGUAUUUCAGAGUCAAACAGUAUCAAAGAGAAACUAUUAAAGAGUCGACCUCUGGAUGGGGAGGAUUUGAAGCUAAUUGAACAGGACCUAAAUCAGCAACUAAACUCAGGUCCUGGAUCUAUUUUUCAACCAGAUCCGGAAUUCAUCUCUUUCCGCACUGUGGAGAACGGAGAUAUGUUUUUCUCUAUGACGGCCAUGACAAACAGUGCCACUUCAAUCCGAUCAGCAAAUGAAUUGUCAGAUGUGGACUUAGAAUCCUCUACUUACAGUGAUUACAGCGUCAAUCCGCUUCCAAGUACAGCCUUCAACCCUGGCUUAAUGCUGGGCAGCCCCAGACGGUACGGUCAUUCUCCUUUCACAGCCACUAUAGCUCCUUUACAAAGCCUUCCCCGGGUACCAGAUAAAUCAUCUGCUCCUUCCUCUUUGGAGACUCUAAAACCGGAAAUGUUGUUAAAACUGACCCUGGGUGGUCUUACUAUCACUGUUCCCCAUCUCCUUGAUGAUGAAAGUAUUGUGUCAGACCCAUCCUAUUCAGAGGCUGUCAAUCGCUUUUUCAUGGAAUUGGGUUCCUUCCAGUAUGCAGCCUUCAGUGGUCGAGACUUUGCACAUCUUCGCGGCCACUUUGAGAAAGCAUGCCAGAUGAGCAAUGUUAGGACCACAGCCGUAGCAGUUCAGAUUAUCUGUGAACAGAAAACUGGAAGAGCGUCCCAACAAACUAGCGUUGACAUGAGCUGUGGGAUCCUGGAGAUUCUGGAAUGUUUGUGGCAGGGGGAUCCAGCAUCCAGGAAGGCAAAAGAACCAGAAUACACUGAGCUCAUGGUGUUUCGCAGUCCAGCAUCCUCAUCUCGUCCCUGCUCCCAGAUACACUACAAGCGGCUACACAGAACACCUCCCAGAAGCAGCCGUAAGAAGCAGGCAGUCAGAAUUAACUCCGAGAUCCUUGUGGAGCUGGAAGAAUUUCAGUGUGACCUAGACUUUGGUCUGGUUGACCGACUUGGAUCCCUCUUCCAGAACAGAGAAACACCAGAACCAUUUACUGCUGGCCACCUCAACAUGCACACGAUUCCAGUAACUCCCGUUCCAGAGGAGGAUACAGAUGUCCGUGUGGUUACUUCUAAAGCCCACAUCUGUCUGCAGUUUCCAGUUCCAGAUUUGCGGCCAGUAGCAGAACGUCGUUCAUGGAGAGAAAAAUCUGUACGAAGGGAAUGUCUGGAAAUGGAGGUGGCAGAUCUGGAAAUUCAUACUCAAAGGAAAAGUGAAACUGAAGAGCCCAGCAGAAUAAAAAUUUCAUUCAGUGACUUGCAUGGUAUAUUCACUGAUGGUGAGAAGCGUAUCCCCUGUGUCAAAAUCAGUAAAGGCGUAGACCCGAUGGCAAAAACAGGAGAAAAAAAGUUCACCUUUCCCAACAUAUUGUUGACACUCCUUCCCCAGAACAAGUCUUCACCUUGGGACUUUGCACAGGACAAUAUGGAUGACCCAGACCUUCCAUCAGUGGAGAGCCCAUGUGAGCUGAAACAAGCGGAACCCUCACCUUUUUCCUCUAAGAGGACAAUGUACGAGACGGAGGAGAUGGUUAUUCCUGCUGAUCCAGAUGAGAUGGCAGAUUUUCAAAGGGCAACAUUGGCAUCUUCUCAAUAUACCCUUGAGGUGACUCUACCCAGAGCUAACAUCUUUCUCCCCAGCAAGGACAUGUAUGAAAAUCUGUAUAACAGGUUUUGUAAUGACCUACUAAUGUGGGAACCAGUAUCUGCAUGUGAUUCCCCUUUGGCUGACUCAUUGCUCCCCACUGAACAGCUCCACAUCCCGGCUUACAAGCAAGACACAUUCCAUAUGUGCAAGUCUGCAUUCAGACUGGACUCCGACUCAGAAGAUGAAGAUUCACAUUUCUACUCCGUGGAUGAAGCAGCAAGGCUCAGGAGAGGAACCAUAGAAGGACACAGUUUCUUUUCUGCCUCGGUCACUAUUUUAAGGGGACGGAUAACAGCUUGGACAGAAACUAAGGGCGAAGGAACAAAGAAAUUGGGUAACCAGCAUGGUGAGGUCAUUCUGGAUGUAGAAAACGGACGCAUCUUUAGUGUGUCGAAGUACAAAGGAAAAGCGGAUCUCAGUUACCUGUGUAUAGAGUCUGAUGUUGUGUCUCUUUAUCACAAAGCUGCGGUAGAAGAUUACUUUCUACCAGUUACCCUGGAGAUGCCCACAUUUCUGCCACCUAAAAACUUGGAUCCUACUAUUUACAUCUCAGAAGAGGGGGUUUCUGCCCAGCUGUCGGGGCUUCGCAAAGAUAAGAAUCUCAAAAUGCUGUCCUUAGCUGUCCGAAUUGAUCUUAACCUUGUGAAAAAUGUGAAGGAGUUCCUGGUUGCUUUGAGACUUGAUGGUGCUACUUUGAGACACCACAUGGCAUUACCUAACCAAAGCUGGCACAGUCAUAUCAUGGACUUCCUAGAUGUAGUUGAUGAGCCCAUAUUGGGAUACAACCCCCCAGCUGUCAUCACAGUGCUGCAUACUCAUCUUUUCAGCUGUGCUGUUGAUUACCGACCUCUCCACCUCCCCAUCAAAGUCCUGGUGACAGCAGAAACAUUCACUCUUUCUAGUAACAUUGUGGUAGACACUUCAACUUUCCUUCUCAGGUUUAUUUUGGACGAUUCUGCCCUUUAUCUGUCGGAUAAAUGUGACAUCGAAGUAACUGAUUUAAAGAAAGAUUAUGUCUGUGUUCUGGAUGUGGAUCUUCUGGAACUAGUGAUCACUACAUGGAAGGGAAACGCCUCCUUUAAACUGUCCCAGCCUCUCUUUGAGCUACGCUGCUCUAACAAUGUGCUCCAUAUCCACACCUGUGCUGAUUCCUGUGCCAUGCUGGCCAACCUCACCCAAUAUGUGACGAAUAAUGGAGAUCUGCACUGUCCUCCCAAACCUGAGCCUCCUACAGAGAUUGCUGGGCAAAAACUGCAGGCUCCAGAAGGUCCUUCUUCACUACCUCCAUGUCUGCCUGCGGAAACUGCACAGAUUAACCAGGGAGACUUGACUGAUGCACUUAUAGAUACAGGCAGAUGUAGCAAAGAAUUCUCAGAAGCAGGAGAACCUUUCAUCCGUCAGAAUUCUCCUGUCUCAGUUUAUCUGUUCCCUGAAGAAAUUGCUACAGGACAAAGACUUGAUGCUUUUUCAGCCUCUUCUCUUUUAGCCGAGGCACGGGUUUCCCAGGAAAGUCUUGGUUUGUCAGACACCAGUGGGGACAGUGAACUCACAGACACAGACGAUUUCUGCAUUCUUGACGCCCCUGGCAUUGGUGUGCCGCCAAAAGACGGAGAGCCUGUGGUUAGAAAGUUGGUGGAUAGUCACAUUGUGGUCAAGGAUGGGCACUUCUCUCGACCGCUUGGUAGCACUGACUUGCUAAAACCUCCAAAUAAGUUCCCUGUACCCGAGACCAGAAUUGUGCUGCGAGAAAUCUCUGUUGUUUGGCAUUUAUAUGGAGGGAAGGAUUUUGGCAGCAGCCGGCCAAACUCUGCACGGGCACAAUCACCUAGAUCUAGAACAAGUUUCCAGAGUGCCCGUGGCUCCCCAUCGCGAUCUUCUGUUGCAAACCGACCGCAGAACACAUGGAGGACACAGGGAGGAAAUGGGAGGAAUCACGACAUAUUAAUGGAAAUACAGCUGACCAAGGUAAGCUUCCAGCAUGAAUCAUAUCCCGUACCAUCUGGAGGCAAAAAUGAAAAGCUUCAAACUGGAGAGAUAGAAGAAGUGCCCAUUGCUCGUCAGGUGUUUAUAGUUCAGGAACUGGAAAUAAGGGACCGUCUGGCUACAUCGCACAUCAACAAGUUUUUGUACUUGUACACCAGUGAAAAGAUGCCACGGAGAGCUCACUCCAACAUGCUCUCUAUCAAAGCUCUCCAUGUGUGUCCGGAAGCUGGACUGGGUGGGCCUGAAUGCUGCCUCCGAAUGUCCCUAAUGCCGCUAAGACUAAACAUCGAUCAGGAUGCUCUCUUCUUCUUGAAAGACUUCUUCACUAGUCUAGCCUCUGGGAUUCAUCCUGUGGUUGCCUUGGACAUGGGGUCAGAUGCCUCUCAUAUGGAUGGCACAAACAGGCAGAAUUCCUCAGAUGGUGAGCCAGGGUUAGAGGCCUCUUUGGAGUCCAGUGAAGAAGACACUUCAUCUCAUAGUUCAUCAAGUGAUCAACCUAUUUAUUUCAGAGAAUUCCGCUUCACCUCCGAAGUGCCAAUAUGGCUGGAUUACCAAGGAAAGCAUGUUACCACAGAACAGGUGGGAACUUUUGCAGGAAUCUUAAUUGGACUAGCUCAACUAAACUGCUCAGAACUGAAACUAAAGAGACUUUAUUGCAGACAUGGGCUCUUGGGAGCAGACAAGGUUUUUUCGUAUGCUCUUAAUGAAUGGUUGACUGAUAUACGGAAAAACCAACUGCCAGGGAUCCUGGGAGGAGUGGGACCCAUGCAUUCUGUUGUACAACUUUUUCAUGGUGUGCGAGACCUCUUCUGGUUGCCUAUUGAACAAUAUCGUAAAGAUGGACGCAUUAUACGCGGUUUGCAGCGGGGAGCAGCAUCAUUUGGUACUUCCACUGCAUCUGCUGCUUUGGAGCUCAGCAAUCGCUUGGUGCAAGCUAUACAGGCUACUGCAGAGACUGUGUACGAUAUCCUGUCUCCUACACCACCAGUGUCCCGCUUGUCACUUGAUGUGAGGCAGUCUCGGAGACUACGGAGAGGCCAACAGCCAGCAGAUCUGCGAGAAGGUGUGGCCAAGGCAUAUGAUACUGUGAGAGAGGGUGUCAUUGACACUGCUCAAACCAUACGUGAUGUAGCAUCCCGUGGCCACGAGCAGAAGGGCUUGACAGGUGCAGUUGGAGGAGUACUACGGCAAAUACCACCCACUGUUGUGAAGCCUUUCAUAGUGGCCACAGAAGCCACUUCUAACCUACUUGGUGGGAUGAGGAACCAGAUUCGGCCUGAUGCCCACAAAGAGGACUCUCAAAAGUGGAGGUCAGAGGAAGGACAAGACUAAAAGCCUUCACAUCUCUGCCCCCGAAAGUGCCAAAAGAGAGAAAAUAUGUGAAGCUGAAUGGGGUACACUACAUCUUUGUAUUAAGUGGACCCAAAACGUGACUGCAUAACUACCCCACACCAAUCUAAAGCGCCUUCUGUUGCCCCAUCAAACAGGCUGUGACUAAAUUUUGCCAUCUGAAAAAAGUUCCAUGUCCUUUAUUUUAAUUUUUUUUAUUGCCUAUUUAACUGCUUCUUAAAACCCUCAAUGACUCCCCAAUUAACUCGUCCACAGCACUGUUACUUACAACUUUUAUUCCUUAAUUCAGUGUCUGUAUUGAUUGCUGUCCCCUGCACCUUCAUUGAUAUCAAAAGACAAUAUGGCACUUUCCAGCCUGGCUACCAGAGACUUUAUUUUUUUUUCUCUGCACGCCAAAAAUGAGUCUGAGCACAGUGUGACUGUACUAUCCUUUGAAGGAGCACAGCACAGCUCCAUAGGGCCUCCCUCCUUUAAGUGUGUUAUGUCGCUUUUUAUAUCCUCCUCUCCCUCUUUUAAAAGCUUUUGUUCCAACACCGAGGCCAAAUAAGUAUAUAUAUGAAAAUAUAUGUAUACAUAUAUAAAUAUAUAAAUAAAAAUAGAAUGUUAAGAAUUCCUGUUGUCCAAAUGUACCAGAUAGGUAGGGCGAUCAUAGAGUGUGAUAGAAAGAAUAUUACCGGCAGU